AUAUGUUAUUCCUUUUGUGCGCGCCCCCUCCUUUUUUUCCCAAUGUAUAUUAAUUAACCCAUUUGUGUAAACAUCCCAUUUUGUACACUAUUUUUUUUUUUUUUUUUUUUGCAUUUUUCUUCGAAUGCCCGCGCGUGCUCAGGCUGGCAUUUUCUUAUGCAUGCUGACUGCAAUUCGAACAGUGCGCCCCUGAACACAUACGCCUGUGGGACACGCGUCGCAGCUGCGAGUUUGUCGAUUUACAUCACGUUGAACGCUGACCACCCGUUCGACGCGAAGCAGAGUUAAUCUCUCCCCCCCCCGCGAUUGCACAAACGUGUACAGAUACACGGCAAACGGGAAAGCAACACCGACCCCUGCCUUCGUCGCACGCGCGCAUUUGUAAUUUGUACCUCCUGGCCAUACAGCCAUACAGCCCUGCGUCCAUACAGCCCUGCGUCCAUACAGCCUUACGUCCAUACAGCCUUACGUCCAUACAGCCCUACGUCCACGCAUCACUACACUCCUACUCCCUUACUCUCUCACUCCCGUACGCUCUUGCGCUGCCCACUUGUCCGCCCAUUUAUCGGCGCUCAGAUUCAGUUCGCCCAAUUCGAACCCCCCUCCAUUGUUGUGUAACAAAAUGAAGGUACUCAAGUUCUUGUGGAUCCCCGUGGUUGCGAUUAUACUCCUCGUGGUGGUGUUGAAUGGCUACAUCUAUUUCAACCAGGACAAUCUGAUCUUCGCAAAAGAAAAGAUCAACCCCAACAAAGUCCGUCCAUAUGGCAGCCAUUUCGAAGAUGUGUACCUAGAUAUGGAGGACGGAAGCAGAUUUAAGUGCUGGUUUGUAAAAGCGGAAGACCACGAAAACAAGCCUGUGUUCCUCUACUACCUCGGAAAGGGUGGCUAUGUCGAGAAGUACGUCAAGCUGUUCGACAUGAUUGUGCAGAGGGUGGACGUCAGCAUCUUCUCCUGCUCCAACAGGGGCUGCGGAACGAACAAAGGAAAUCCAUCGGAGGAACAACUGUACAAGGAUGCCCUGGUGCCCCUCAACUACUUGAAGCAGAAAAACACCAAGCAGCUGUUCAUCUUCGGAAACUCCAUGGGAGGUGCAGUGGCCCUCGAAACGGCAUCCAAGCACCAAAAGGACCUGUACGGCCUGAUUUUGGAAAACCCAUUUCUGAGCGUGAAGGACAUGUCGGAGCAGAACUACCCCUUCUUAAACUUCUUCCUCUUGAGUUUUGACGUUUUGAUUAGAACCAAAAUGGACAAUAAGGAGAAGAUAAAAAAAAUACACGUCCCUCUGUUGAUUAACACUUCCGAACUGGACAAAAUGAUCCCCCCUGAUCACUCGAGCAAGUUAUUUGAGCUCUGCCCGAGCAAGCACAAGUUCAGGUACUUCUCCAAGUUUGGGACGCACAACAACAUCAUAAAGGUGGACGACGGUUCGUAUCACGCCUCGUUGAAAAAGUUCGUCCAAACGGCCAUCAGUUUGCGCGAGGGGAAAGGAGAGCCACAGAUUCCGCCUCCCCCCCGAGCAGCGGCGUAGAGAGUUAUUCGCUUCCACCGGGUGACCAAUCAGAUUUGUCUCGUUCGUGCGGCUCGGCGUUUACAGUGCGACCACUGAAGGGAAGGAGGAGGUGGAUCAUCUCACAAACUGAGUCGUCCGCUUCACCAAGCUGUCUCAAGUUGUGGCCAAUCUGUCUGCCAAAGUGUCGACCAAACCGUUUAUCAUGUUAUCUCCAAGUUUCCCCAUCUAUUUCUUAUUCGUCUAUUUUUGGAGAGCCUCCCAUCCAUACACACAUACCUGUGCGCCUCCCCCAAAUGGCGGUACUGCCAAUGGGAAGGCAGAAGGAUGCAGAUCCCCUAGUCAUUUCAAUGCGAUCAUUUUUUCGUGAGGAUAUGCCUCUCCCUCGCUGCUAAUUUGUAGCAGUGGCGCUUCUCACUCAUAGCUAAUUCUUUGGAAAA